CUCCUCCAGCAUCAGUGGUUCAGUGGUAGAAUUCAUGCUUGCCAUCGCCUCUCAUCUUCCGAGAUGACUUGGGGUAGCAACACUGCAUGAGACCCGCGUUCGAUUCGCGGCUGAUGCAUUCAUCACAUAUGACACUUCUUUUUAGUCGAUUUUUGUUUUUAUGUGUCGUGUUGCUGGCGCAGUACUGUGCGUCUUUUUUUGGUGUUCAAGUUCCAAGGUUGAGACUGGGAUUGGGAUUCCGCACUGUAGAAACUGGGAAGUGUUGUGGGAUGGGUCCGAACACUGCUGCGUUAAGGGGUCCAUCGACUGGCACUUCAACUUGGGCAACGAUAAUCGCACUGUACACUGCUCACCUGGUGCUGCCAUUGCAACAAUGCAGUGUAUACUGUUUACAAUGUACUGUAUGGGUCUUGUGCCAGUGCAUCUAUUACUGGGAGAUCGGUCUCCGGAUGCAGCAUCGAUUACCUAAGGCUGAGACGAAACGAUAUUGUCCCUAGCUAUGUCCUAGCAGGCUUUAUACUACUCGAAUCUACAGUACAACAUCAUUCAGCAUGCAGCAAUGUCGCAAAGAGGUCGUGACAAAGACAGGUCGAACAUGCUAUUUGAUUGACUUUAUUAUUUGCAGAACUGUAUCUGGGAUGUGGCUGGCAGGCCUCACUGUCGGGGGGCAUACCAAAACCUGUCCUCGUUUCUGUUUGCCUGGUCAAACGAAGCCAAGGCUUGGUAUGCACGUCCACGACGCGAGUGUGAGUGCCCGAGGGGCUGUCAGACGCAGCACAGCUCUGACGGCCCUCAAGAUAGACCGUCUAUGCGGCAAUGCCAAUGACACCACAGGCCGGGCGAGCGCCCGCAUUGCCCGUUUUCUUGCUC